AUGGUUGGACGAUAUUUAAUGCGAAUAAGCAUUUCUGUGCUUUUUCUUCUCUUAUCAAACACAUCGACGCUUAUCAGAGGCAGUUUAUCAGAUAGUCAAAAGUAUAAAGUUAUACGAAUUGUACCAGAAUAUAAGAAUCAAUUAGCAAUUAUUAAUGAAUUAUUCUACCAAUCAAUGGAAUCACAGUUAAAUUUUUGGCGUGCACCAACAGGUAUUGGACAAGCAGUUGAUAUUAUGUUGCAAUCAUCAGUGAUUCAUUCAUUAGCAAAUUUUUUUAAACAAAAUAAUAUCACUUUUAAAAUUAUCAUCAAUGAUGUUGAGAAAUUGAUCUAUGAACGAGAAGGACAACCAAGGAAGAGUGAUGGACAAAAUUAUGCGACAGUGACAGCAUUUAAUUCAAUUAUGGAAUCAUUUAUGAAACGUUCAAAAGAUGCUAAUUUAAUUAGAAAUAAAGCAAAAUAUAAGUUUGGUGAUUAUCACUCGUAUGAUACAAUCAUUUCAUGGCUUAAUGAAAUUGAACAUUUUUAUUCAAAUAUUGCAAAAGUAUUUACAAUUGGACAAACAUUUGAGGGACGAAAUAUUAAAGGCAUUAAAAUUGGAAAUCCAAUUGAUAAGAUUAAUAAACGAAUUAUUUGGAUUGAUGCUGGAAUACAUGCUCGAGAAUGGGCCUCCAUUCAUACAGCAUUAUAUUUCAUUGAUCAGUUAAUCUCACAAUAUGGCAUUGAUUCACAAAUUACAUCAUACAUUGAUACGCUUAAUUUCUACAUUGUACCGGUUGUCAAUCCGGAUGGUUAUGAAUAUUCGAGAUCCGAUCUUACACCACAUGCAAGAUUUUGGCGUAAAAAUCGUGGUAAAAAAGUAUGUUUUAAAGAUCGUUGGUAUCGUGAACGUUGUUGUAAUGGAGUGGAUUUAAAUCGAAAUUUUGAUUUUUAUUGGGGAGAAACUGGAUCAAGUUCACAUAUUUGUUCUGAAAUUUAUCAUGGUAAUGCACCAUUUAGUGAACCUGAAACAAGAGCAAUACGUGAUAAAUUAUUAUCAGCGGAAAUGUUUGGUAAAAUUGAUGCAUUUAUCACUUUGCACACAUAUAGUCAAAUGUGGAUUUAUCCAUACGGUCAUCAGCGCCGAUCAUUUCCAAAUGAUGUGAAAGAUCUUGAAAAAGUUGGAAAACAAGCGGUGAAAGCAGUUGAAAAUGUUUAUGGAACAAAAUUUCGACUUGGUACUGGAGCUGAUAUAUUAUAUCCAUCAUCAGGUGGUUCAGAUGAUUGGGCUAAAUCAAAAGCUGGCGUGAAAUUUGUAUAUUUGCUUGAAUUAAGGCCAGGUGAAAAUGAUUUUGAUGGAUUUCUCUUGGAUCGUCGACAAUUAAUACCAACUGGUCGUGAGACAUGGGCUGGUGUACGAGUUGUUAUUGAUGCAGUUAUGCGAUCAAAAAAAGUACGACCAGUAGAUAUACCACUUAAAUUAAAUUAUAAUGAAACAAAAGCUAUAAAACGUAUUUCAACAUUUCAUUUUCCGCUUCAAUAUUCAAGAAAAUUUAUGACAACAGCGCCACCACAAAUGAAAUCACAAUCAUUGCGACCAAUCAAUUAUAAUUAUCAUUUGGAGAAUUUACAACAAAGACAUAGCAUUAUUCGACGUAAAUUUUCACAACAAUUUCAAAAUAGAAUAUGCACAGAUAUUUCACCGUGGUGUAUGAAUUGGAUUCGAAUUAAUCCAAAUGUUUGUUUAACAGCUCAAACUUAUAUGCAACAACAAUGCAUUCGUUCAUGUCGUUUUUGUUAA